AUGCAGUUUCGCCUCUUCUCCUUUGCCCUCAUCAUCCUGAAUUGUAUGGAUUACAGCCACUGCCAAGGCAAUCGAUGGAGACGCAGUAAGCGAGGUGGGUCCUACUCUGCCCGAGCUAGUUAUGUAUCAAAUCCCAUUUGCAAGGGUUGUUUGUCUUGUUCAAAGGACAACGGGUGCAGCCGAUGUCAACAGAAGUUGUUCUUCUUUCUUCGAAGAGAAGGCAUGCGCCAGUAUGGAGAAUGCCUGCAUUCCUGUCCAUCUGGCUACUAUGGACACCGAGCCCCAGAUAUGAACAGAUGUGCAAGAUGCAGAAUAGAAAACUGUGAUUCUUGCUUUAGCAAAGACUUUUGUACCAAGUGCAAAGUAGGCUUUUAUUUGCAUAGAGGCCGUUGCUUUGAUGAAUGUCCAGAUGGUUUUGCACCAUUAGAUGAAACCAUGGAAUGUGUGGAAGGAUGCGAAGUUGGUCAUUGGAGUGAAUGGGGAGCUUGUAGCAGAAAUAAUCGCACAUGUGGAUUUAAAUGGGGUCUGGAAACCAGAACACGACAAAUUGUUAAAAAGCCAGCAAAGGACACGAUACCAUGUCCAACCAUCGCUGAAUCCAGGAGAUGUAAGAUGGCCAUGAGGCAUUGUCCAGGAGGAAAGAGAGCCCCAAAGGCAAAGGAGAAGAACAAGAAAAAGAAGAGGAAGCUGAUAGAAAGAGCCCAGGAGCAACACAGUGUCUUCCUAGCUACAGACAGAGCUCAUCAGUAA